CUCCCAAGUUCCUCAAGACUUCUUAGCUUUUUUUUUUCUAACUCAAAAUUCGUGUUUUGUUCUGAGUUUCAAUGGCUGGCAAAGGCGAAGGCCCCGCGAUUGGUAUCGAUAUCGGCACGACGUACUCGUGUGUCGGUGUUUGGCAACAUGAUCGUGUGGAGAUCAUAGCUAAUGAUCAAGGGAAUAGAACGACGCCAUCUUACGUUGCUUUUACAGAUACCGAACGUUUGAUUGGCGACGCUGCUAAGAACCAGGUCGCCAUGAAUCCUACCAAUACUGUUUUCGAUGCUAAGCGUUUGAUCGGUAGAAGAUACAGCGACCCGUCGGUCCAAAGUGAUAUGAAAUUGUGGCCAUUUAAGGUCAUUCCUGGGCCGGGAGACAAGCCAAUGAUCGUCGUCACAUACAAAGGCGAAGAGAAGCAAUUUGCUGCUGAAGAAAUCUCCUCCAUGGUCCUGACGAAGAUGAAAGAGAUUGUCGAGGCUUAUCUUGGGUCAACCAUUAAAAACGCCGUAGUUACUGUUCCGGCUUACUUCAAUGACUCCCAACGUCAAGCUACGAAAGACGCUGGUGUCAUUGCUGGCCUCAAUGUCAUGCGUAUAAUCAACGAGCCAAUCGCUGCAGCCAUUGCCUACGGACUUGACAAAAAGGCGGCAAGUUCAGGAGAAAAGAAUGUGCUUAUUUUUGACUUUGGUGGUGGUACUUUUGAUGUAUCAUUGUUGACAAUUGAAGAAGGGAUCUUCAAAGUGAAGGCUACUGUCGGAGACACGUAUUUGGGAGGUGAAGAUUUUGACAACAGAAUGGUGAAUCAUUUUGUGCAGGAGUUUAAGAGGAAGCACAAGAAGGAUAUUAGUGGGAACCCAAGAUCUUUAAGAAGGUUGAGAACAGCUUGUGAAAGAGCUAAGAGGACAUUGUCUUCAACUGCUCAAACUACAAUUGAGAUUGAUUCUCUAUAUGAGGGGAUUGAUUUUUACACCACAAUUACCCGAGCUCGAUUCGAGGAGUUGAAUAUGAAUCUUUUUAGGAAAUGUAUGGAGCCGGUAGAGAAAUGCUUGAGAGAUGCUAAGAUGGACAAAAGCAGUGUUCAUGAUGUGGUUCUUAUUGGCGGGUCUACUAGGAUCCCUAAAGUUCAGCAAUUAUUGCGAGACUUUUUCAAUGGAAAAGAGCUAUGCAAGAGCAUUAACCCCGAUGAAGCUGUUGCUUAUGGAGCUGCUGUACAAGCUACAAUUUUGAGUGGUGAGGGUAACAAGAAGGUUCAAGAUUUGUUGCUUUUGGAUGUCACUCCACUUUCCCUAGGUCUGGAAACCGCAUGUGGAGUCAUGAUUGUGUUGAUUCCAAGAAAUACCAUAAUCCCAACAAAAAAGGAACAAGUUUUCUCUACUUACUCGGAUAACCAACCCGGAGUUUUGAUUCAGGUUUACGAGGGUAAGAGAACUAGAACCAGGGACAACAAUUUGCUUGGGAAGUUUGAGCUUUCUGGUAUUCCUCCGGCUCCUCGUGGUGUUCCUCAAAUCAAUGUCUGCUUUGACAUUGAUGCCAAUGGUAUUUUGAAUGUCUCCGUCGAGGAUAAGACAACUGGACAGAAGAACAAGAUCACCAUUACUAAUGAUAAGAGUAGGUUAUCCAAGGAAGAGAUUGAGAAGAUGGUACAAGAAGCGGAGAAAUACAAGUCCGAGGAUGAGGAUCACAAGAAGAAAGUCGAGGCCAAGAAUGCCCUUGAAAAUUACGCUUAUAACAUGAGGAACACUAUCAAGGAUGGGAAGAUCAGUUCCAAGCUUCCACCUGCCGAUAAAAAGAAGAUCGAGGAUACGAUUGAGCAGGCAAUCCAGUGGCUUGAUGGAAACCAAUUAGCUGAGGCAGAUGAGUUUGAGGACAAGAUGAAGGAGUUGGAAAGCAUUUGCAAUCCCAUCAUUGCCAAGAUGUACCAGGGAGCUGGUGGUGAUAUGGGUGCUGGAACCAUGGAUGAUGAUGGUCCUUCGGUUGGUGCUGGACCAAAGAUCGAGGAGGUUGAUUAAGCUGGAAAUGACU